AUGGACCAUACUUCCAUGACUUGCAUCGCCAACACGCUCGUGAGAAAUAAUCGUCGCUUGCUUUUGAUUUUCUUCUUCAUCAUGUUGUUUGGAAAGAGGCUCGACGCGGACACGAGGUUGCAGAGAGUCAAGUUGAUAUCACUUCACGAGAUGCGACUUCGUGGUGGAGGUAAGAGUGAUGCAUGGACAAGGUUCGAAGACUUGAUCAAAGGAGCCGAAGGCAGAAAAGCGUUCCUCGAAGAGAUCCAGGGAAACUCACCCCAAUCUCAGGAGAUGACCGGCAGUAACGAGCAGUUGAUCAAGAACAUCUUCAUGGACGCCCCUGCAACAAUUACUCACAAAGAAUCAAAACCACCCUUGUUGGAAGUAGACUGGUACCAGCGAAAACUUUCCUCUGCAAGAGCUCAGUAUAAGAAAUGGAGGUCAGAAGGGAUUCGUCUACCGAGUGCUCAGGAGCUCCUGAAGCGAUACGUUGAAGGCUCGCUAGUCACGUUCAAGAAAAAAAUGGAGAAAUUCACGGGCAACAAAAAUUUAAAACAGAAAGUAAUUAUGCAAGCGAUUUCUAAGAGGUAUGAGUUCUGCGGGGAUAUGCUGGUACGCCGCGGAAGCCAGCUUCGUGCAUUCCAGUGUUAUUUGAAUGCAACACAAUACGAUCAGACGAACUUUCGUGCUCGCAAGAUGGUAGAAAAAUACUCCUUGCAUUUCAAUCGACCUCGACGGAAGGCAAUACCUUGCACCCCAGCAAAAGCCAGUCGGGCCCUUUUGCAAGACAAAUAUACUUUGCAGAAUUUGCGUCGGUCUUCUCGCGUCCGCUAUCUUAAUUCGACUGAGUUGCUGGUGUACUCGUGCAUGGUCAAUGUAACGGUGCUUGUCAACUCUUCGCUCCUGGCAUCCAGUCCAGAUGGCCUGCAGAGGUUCCCCAUGUACCUUAUUCGAACCACUCUCUCCAAAGGAUUCAGUCGAAUCCGAACCGAGUGA